UUUCGCUUUCCAUCCCCCCAUCUUCUCUCGCUUUUGGGAUUCUUGUUCUCACUCGCUGCGUGCGCUCCCUCCCUCCCGACCCCAGCUUUUCUCUCGAUCGUUUGCUUUUCGAGGAGAUCCUGUAUAUCCGCUCGAGCGGAUCACGCCCGUAAAGCUCCCGCGUUUCUUCUUCUUCUUCCUCCUCCUCCCUCUUUUCCCUUUUCCGUUGUCCCGCCCUUUUCUCUGCUUUCUUUCCUUUCCAUCCUGCCGGGGGAAAACGGAGGAAGACAUGCCCGUCCUUGUUUCCGCGUCUGCGUAGUGCUCGCGACGAUCAAGUUUGCGAUUUUUUGACACCCCCAGAACGCGCCGUUUGAGCAUCUUUGCGAGAGUUCUUGGUUGAGAUGGCUCCGUUUCGAGCCAAAUGGAUUACAUGCAGAUUGUUUGGGGUUUUGUUCCAUGUCUUGCUCGCGUUCUUCUUUGCUUCAGCUCAAAGGAGCUUCAAGCAUGAAGUCCCGACGUUCGAUCGACCGGAGCAGGAACCCCUCUCCAAUUUCCUUUCAAGAACUGUGAAUUUCCUGUGGCAAUCUGACCAGACCGGUUAUCAACAUGUUUGGCCGGAAAUGAAAUUUGGCUGGCAAAUUGUUGUCGGCACCGUAAUCGGGUUCUUAGGGGCAGCAUUCGGGAGCGUGGGUGGUGUUGGUGGUGGUGGGAUUUUUGUUCCCAUGCUUAGCCUAAUCAUUGGGUUUGAUCCCAAGUCAGCAACAGCUAUUUCAAAAUGUAUGAUCAUGGGUGCUGCGGGGUCGACCGUCUACUAUAAUCUUAAGCGUAGGCAUCCCACACUGAAUAUGCCCAUCAUAGACUAUGACUUGGCACUGCUUAUCCAACCAAUGCUCAUGCUUGGCAUAAGCAUCGGUGUUGCGUUUAAUGUGAUAUUUGCUGACUGGAUGGUCACGGUUUUGCUGAUUAUUCUCUUCCUAGGCACAUCGACUAAGGCAUUCUUUAAGGGGCUCGAAACAUGGAACAAAGAAACCAUAUUGAAGAAGGAGGCUGCCAAGCGCCUGGAGUCUGAUGGCACUGAAAACCCGGAACUGGAAUACAAGCCUCUUCCUAGUGGCCCAGGGAAUGUCCCUGAAAGGAACAGCAGGGAACCGGAGGUGACCAUUCUCGAAAAUGUUUACUGGAUGGAACUUGGACUCCUCGUUCUUGUUUGGGUUGCUUUUCUUGGAAUUCAAAUUGCCAAGAAUCAUACAGCUACCUGUUCAGUUGGCUAUUGGGUAUUAAACUUAUUGCAGGUCCCGAUUUCAUUGUCGGUGUCUCUUUAUGAGGCAAUUAGCUUGUAUAAGGGAAGGAGAGUAAUUUCGUCUAAGGGAAAUCAAGAAACUACUUUUCAAGUGCAUCAGCUCAUGUUUUAUUGUGCCUGUGGAGUGCUGGCUGGAAUUGUCGGAGGGCUUCUUGGAUUAGGUGGAGGAUUCAUCAUGGGUCCGCUGUUUUUGGAGCUGGGUGUCCCUCCACAGGUCUCAAGUGCCACAGCUACAUUUGCAAUGACCUUUUCCUCAUCCAUGUCUGUUGUAGAGUAUUAUCUUCUCAAUCGCUUUCCCGUUCCUUAUGCACUGUACUUUGUUAUCGUGGCUACGGUGGCGGCUCUUGUCGGGCAACACAUUGUCAGGAAGCUGAUCAUUGUGUUUGGAAGGGCAUCGCUCAUCAUCUUCAUUCUAGCCUUCACAAUAUUUGUUAGCGCAAUCUCGCUAGGUGGAGUUGGCAUAUCGAACAUGAUAGGAAAGAUAGCGCGCCACGAGUAUAUGGGAUUCGAGAACCUUUGCAAGUACGACGGAUGACGUCGUGUUCAUCCGUUUCUCUUUGUUGUUGUAUGUAAUGUAUGAAACUGCUCUCAACCAACUGAAAAAUUUUGUCUUCUGUUUCUUCUCUUCUAAGACAAUUUUGCUUUUUCUUCAA